AUGACCUUCCGCACCGAGCCAGCGUUAUACGCUGACCUUGACACCCUCUUCGACAUCUACAUCGAAGCCUCGGCCUCACAUCCUCUCUCCCCAUUCCUCUACAAUGACCUAGCUUACCAAGAAAAACGUAGUUUCGAGUCCGGUGGCCCAAAGAAAGUAUUCCUAAAGCACCCAGGGGUGAAAUACCACAAGAUGGUCGAGGUGGAAACUGGUCAGGAAAUCGAUGUUGAGCUGAUCUGGGGACCAGGCAAAUCGUAG